AUCGCGCAUGCGUGAGAUUUUCUGUGCUUAACUGCUUAUGAAUUGCUUUAGAAUAAGAAAAUGGGUUUGAGUAAAUUUUUGCGUAACCUAUUUAACGCCGUUAACGGUAGGAAACGCCAGCAACAGAAAGCGAAACCGGUACGCGACGAAACCGUUGCGUUAUCCGGCGUUCCCGAGGAAACACCCACCGAGCGCCACCUGCGGCUGCAGCAUGCGGUAACGCGGAUCCACUGUCCCAGUCGCGACCGUCCCCUGCCGACAGCCGAAAAAUAUCUCACUCUCUCGCCUUAUCUGGAGAUUCGCUCCAAAUCGAACGCCGCCAGGAAUCAGCGGUUGGUCGACGAGUGUGGAUUUUUCUGGGGCGCCAUUAACGCCGCCCAGGCCGAGCAGCUCCUCGCCGGCCGCCGCAACGGUACCUUCCUCCUGCGCAAGAGCAUGCACACCGGCCAUCUCUUCACCCUGUCUUGCGUGUACGCCGGCCGCGUCGGUCAUCUGCGCAUCCUGUACAACAGCGGCCACUUCGCCUUUUCCCAGCAUCCACACAGCGUGCGAACCGAAUCCCUCCUGGAUCUCAUUGACAGCGCGGUAGCUGUCUCCCGGCACGGGGAUUCAGUUAUAUCCUACCGCGAUCAUAAACUCCACCGAGAUUUCGAUAUCUACCUGUUAGAGCCGCUGCGAAAGGUCAGCAACCCGUUAACGCUGCGGCAGCUGUGCGAGCUGGCGUUGGCGCAGAAUGACCGGAGGGACAGCGUGGCGUCCAGCGGCAGAUUCGACCACGCACACGGUUUCGCCCACCAGCGUGCGUAG